CCCAGACCUGAGGGCUGGGGGUGGAAGCAGCUCUCUUCCCGCAUGCCCUCCAGCUUCCAGGCCGGCCCCACAGCACCAUCUACCGGGCAGUGGACCCUCCUGUGGGGGCGGAGCCUGUGCCCCGCGCCUGGCCUGGGGCCUGCCUUCCAGAGCCAAGCCCAGUUUCUUAGCCUUGGCUCUGGGCAGGUCGGGAGGUGUCACGGGAGUCAACCUGUACAGAUUCCAGAUUCCAGGCUGGAGCCACGUGCCUGGAGUAGGCACCUGUGGUUGGAGGCCAGAGGCCUGCUUCCUCUCCCCUGCCCCCCAUCAGGGACUUGGGGGUACGUGGGGAUCCUCGUUUGUGGAUGGGGGCGCAGGGUAAGGCCCUGCCCAGGCUGGGCCCCAGGAAGUGCAGGAGAGAGGGGCAGAGCCGGAAACUUUGCCUUCCGUGGCUCGUGGACCGCCAACCCUCCCCGAGCGCCGCCGGAGUGGCGUGUUCUCCCACGAGUGACCUGUGAGAGCAGCCGGGUCACCCCGCGGUCCUCACCUCUCUCCAUCUCUCUCCCAGGUCCGCAGUGGAGCAGCAGGGGCCCGGGAGGGCCUGACACCUUGGCAGUGAUGGCUGAGAAGCGGCCCCUGGGGACCCUGGGGCCUGUGAUGUAUGGCAAGCUGUCCCGGCUGGAGGCAGACCCAGGGCCCGGGCAUGGCCUGCCCCCCUCUGCCAGCACCCCGGACCCCUGUGGCUACAAGGGUGCCUGCUUCUCCUGCCCCAUGGGGGGGCCUCCCAAGGCGGGCUCCGAGCGGCUGUCGUCCUGGGCCCCGUACCCACCCUUGUACCCCAGCAGCAUGGCAGGACCCCCACUUCGGGCCGACAACCUGUUGACCAGCUGCCUGCUCUACCGCCCGCCAGCGGAAGGCUCAGAGAAGAUGCCAGAGCCCGGCCCCAUCGAGCUCUUGCCCUUCGGCCCCCAGGCGCCCUCCUACCCAGGCCCCCCACUGGCAGCACCCAAGCCCAUCUACCGCAACCCCCUGUGUUACGGGCUCCCCCCCUGCCUGGGAGAUGGGGAGGCCAAGAGGCCACUGGAUGUUGAUUGGACGCUGGUGACGGGGCCCCUGUUGCCCGCAGCUGACCCGGCCUGCCCUCUGGUUCCCGCCGCUGGCAAGAGCCAGCCCCUGGAUGGCACUUUCUCGGGUGGGGUGCCAGCGGGCAGCUCUGGCAAGGACUCCUCGGUGAGCUUCUCCCCGUGCCAGGCCUUCCUGGACAAGUAUCGGACCGUCCACAGCCCCGGCCUCCUGACCUCCAAGUACACCGGCCCUUACUCUGAGGACCCCAAGCAAGCAAUGGCCGAAGGGUCCUCCAGCCCUUGGACCCCGCUGGCCCCGCCCCUGGGCCCCCCCUGCCGGGAUGCGGUGCCCGCUCACUACCCACUGCCCCAUGCCCCGCAGCCUUUGCCUGGCCCUCCAGCCUGUGGCCACCCAGACAAGCAGGCCAGCUACAGCUCUGUGCUCCCGCUGCAGGCUCUGGGAGCCCACAAGGGCGCUGGGUACCAGACUGGAGGCCUGGGCAGCCCCUACCUGAGGCAGCAGGCGGCCCAGACCCCCUACCUGCCCCCAGUGGGACUGGACUCUUACCCCUACCCAUGUGCCCCGCUGCCUGCUCCCUCUCCGGGCCUUAAGCUGGAGCCGCCGCUGGCUCCACGGUGCCCACUGGACUUUGCUCCCCAGACUCUGGGGUUCCCUUACGCCCGGGAUGAUCUGUCCCUCUACGGAGCAUCCCCGGGGCUGGCAGGGACCCCACCUUCGCAGAACAGCGUGCAGGCCUUGCCACAGCCGGGUGCCUUCCAGCGCACCUGCCAGUCUCUGCCCGCCAGCCAGCAGCCGCCAUGCUCAGAGCCCCCGAGGCCUGCGGAGAAGCCGGCGCGCGAGACCGGAGAGAAGCCAUGGCUGCCCAGCUGCCGGAAGGAGCCUCCGCGGCCCCCCAGGCUCAACGAGCACCCCGGGGCGCCCAUCGUCAUCCGAGACAGCCCAGUUCCCCGCACGCCGCCAGCUCUCCCUCCCUGUGCCCGGGAGCACCCGGCGCCUCCGCAGCAGAGCACCAGCCCCCCCAGCUCCCCACCCAUGCCGGUCAUCGACAAUGUCUUCAGCCUGGCCCCCUACCGGGAGUAUCUGGACGUGCAGGCACCCGAGGCCACGCCGGCCCCCAAGGACAGCCGAGACGAAGUUGGCAAGGGGACCCUGCCCGCCCAGGAGGGGCCUGCCGGGACACGCUGCUCGCUCCGGGAGGAGGUGGCGCUGGACUUGAGUGUGAAGAAGCCCGUGGCAGAGGCUGCCCCUCUCACGGACCCUAGUCCCGAGGUGCUGGCCAAGCCCACUGCCACCGUGGACGGGCCAGACGCAGGGGAUGCAGCGUCAGACCCGCCAGGCUUGAAAAAAAUGGCCACAGAGGCACCGGUGGCCCCCGAGGCCACGCCAAGGACCAAUUUCCACAGCUCUGUGGCCUUCAUGUUCCACAAGUUCAAGAUCCUCCGGCCGGCACCCUUGCCUGCGGCCGGGGCGCCACCCCCGCCGCCCGCCGUCCCUGCGCCCGCACAGCCUGUGCCCACGCCCCCAUCGCUGCCCAUCGGACUGCAGAUUCUCACCCAGCCCUUACCCGUGGCCUGCUUCAACCUGGCACUGCCCAGCCCCCCGGCCAUAGCCGUGGCCUCCCCAGCCUCAGCCCCCGCUGCGACCCCGUCGCCAGCUCCUGCGUCGGCCCCGGCCCCGGCCCCCGCGGACUCCUCGGAGCCACAGUUCAUGGGGCUGCACACGUCCCUGUGUGACGCCAUCUCCGCCUCGGUGGCCCACUCCCUGCCCGAGAGGCUGCGCGAGUGGCUGGGGUCAGCCGCGCCGUGGGGCCAGGCGGCCUGGCGGGACUUCCAGGGCGUGCAGGGGAUGCUGGGCAAGCUGCAGGCGCAGCUGCAGCGGUUCGAGCGCACGCAGCGGUGCCCCUUCCCCCACGUGGUGCGGGCCGGCGCCGUCUUCGUGCCCAUCCACCUGGUGAAGGAGCGGCUCUUCCCACGCCUGCCGCCGGCCUCCGUGGACCACGUGCUGCAGGAGCACCGCGUGGAGCUGCGGCCCACCACCCUGUCGGAGGAGCGCGCGCUGCGGGAGCGCGCCCUGCACGGCUGCCCCUCGCGCAUGCUGAAGCUGCUGGCGCUGCGCCAGCUGCCCGACAUCUACCCGGACCUGCUGGGCCUGCAGUGGCGGGACUGCGUGCGCCGCCAGCUGGGUGACUUUGAGGCUGCAGCUAUGUCCCCCCCAGAAGCCACCAUGGCCAGAGUCGAGCCAGAGAGCCUGGCCCGGGAUCAGAAGUCACCGGCCCCCAAGGUCAGGAAGCUGCCGACUCCCAGGCCAGAGAGAGCAGAGACAGUUGGGGGAGGGUCCCGCGAUGGCUCCCCUCCCCCUGCUGCCAGCGCCAGCCCGCCCAGCCCCAUGCUGAAGACCCGCUUUCGCAGCCUGCUGGAAACCGCCUGGCUCAGUGGCCUGGCACUGCCCACCUGGGGCCACAAGGCCUCAGGACCAGGCCGGCCCUCAGCCCACACACAGCUGCUGGGCGGCCAGAGCCCUCCCGCGUAGCCUCCCUCGAUGGCUGGGACUCUGAGACUGCUGGCGUCUGGGGGGUCACGCUCUGCCCCUCCCUGCUGGGCUGAGAGGCCCUGAGCUUCGACCUUGAGGGUCUCCGUGAUCAGAGACCAGAGAAACCCCAUGGACGUGGAACCGACAGCCUGGCUGGCUCCUGGCUCCUGUGUCCCUGCUGGGUGACCUGGCACACGUAGCCAUCAACGUCUCUGUAAACCAGGUCGAGGCGGCCAACCUCCCAGCGCUGUGGGAGGGAUGCCUGGUUCUGAGGAGAGGAGCCUCCUGCAGGGAGUGUUCUGGAAAGCUGGGGACGCCACACAGGGUACACGACACACGGCUGAGCACCCCCAGCCCGCGCUCCCUGGGGGAGCUCCCUCCCCACCGCUGCUGCAGGGACCCGGCCUGGGGCUACACCCCUGCCCCUGGCCUUAGCCCAGGCAAGGGGUGCUUGUAGAAGGCAGCCAGCAGCAGGGGCUUGGUGGAGGGGGGCACACAGUGCUGGGGGUCUCAGGCAGGGGCCGCCUCCCUGUGAGUGCUGAACUGAGCCCUGCCCCCCGUCCCCCCACCCUGCCUGAUCUAAAGGUUUGUGAUAAGCUGUGGGGGCUGGGGUGAGCAGCACAUUAAAGCUGUGGGCUGGGAACCAGGGCCUGGCUGUGCCUGGUGUCCCCAUCACCACGACCUUCUGCUCUCCUCCAAGGGGUGCCAGCCCCGUGGCCUGGCCACCAGACUCUGCUCCGGCAAAGCCCUCUUGGUGGUGAGAAGUUCCAGCUGCCACACCCAGGUCCUGGAGGUCUUCAGCCAUCCAGUCUGGCCAGGGCUGGCGUGGCAGCACCGUGUACCUCGAGCGCCAUCCGUCCACCCAAGUCCAAGAGGAGCCAGGCGACACCGGUCCUUUGCUUCUAGCCAGUAGCGCAGGCUGCUGAGUGCGUGGAAAGAGGUUUACCGGGGCUCCUGGUCCAAGGCUGUGUCUGGCAGAGCCCUGAGGAGGCGUGGGGCCUCACGUGCCGGGACGUGGGUUUCUGGUGUCUUCUUAGCCGCACCUCAGUGACCCCUGGAAGUUCUGCCCUCUUCAUGCCUCACCUUGGGGAUCCGAUCUGUGUCCUGGGGAGGAGGCGACACAGGAAACCCAUGUGCACCACUGGUGGCCUUCGAGGCUGCUCACGGGGCGGUUGCACCUGACGCUGCGACAGGUGGAGUCCUCGGGACCCGGGCUUCCUGGGUACCGGUCUUGUCCAUGGUUAUGGACCAGUGAGGCCUAGGGACGGGCAGGGCCCAGCCCCAAGUGCACUGUGACCCCGGAGGACCCGUGAUGGGUUGGGGUGGGGGGAGCUCAGCCUGGCUGGGGGAGGUGGCUGAGACAGCUCAUUCUGGGGGACCCCAGGCCCCCAGGCUCUGUUUGGGAGAGGCUAGCCCUGGCCUGAGUGGGAGCCCAGGGUGGGAGAUGUGUCUCUACCUCCUAGUAGUUGGAGCUCACCCUGUCGCUCACCUGGGUCCUGCGGGCCGAGGGGAGGGUGCGUGGACACUGCCUGUGCUGGGGCCCCUGCCCUGCAGGCUCCUGGGUGGGGUCAGGUGGCACGUCUCUGCAGGAUCGGCUACAAAACCCAAUCCUGUCUCAGGCAGAGCCUAGGAUUUCGGGGUUUAGCCAGACUCCCACGUCAGGUGUUCAGGAACUACACUUUAAAAGAUCUUUUACAAAGAGAAAAAUCUUCCACCCCCUGGUUCACUCUCCAAGUGACCACAACAGCUGGGGCUGGGCCAGGCUGCAGCCAGGAGCUUCAUCCUGGUCUCCCACGUGGGUGCCGGGGCCCAAGCACCUGUGCGGUCCUCUGCCUACCCAGGCACAUUAGCAGGGAGCCGGACAGGAAGUAGAGCAGCCGGGACCGGAACUGGUGCUCCCAUACGUCACGGACAGCAGCCUAACCCACUGCGCCGCAGUGCCAGCCCCACCGCGGCCCUCCCUGUAGGUUACAGAUGGAGGACUGAGGCCAUGAAUUUGCUCACCAGUGACAGAAGGGGCCCAGGUCAAGACUUUGAGCCAGUGCUGGACAGGCACGACCGCUCUGCGCUGGGCUCCGCUUGGCGGCUGAUGGCCUAACGCAGACCUGCCCCGGCCAGUUAGGUACUGGGUGCCCGGGUGCAUGGGGAGGGGACCCGAGUCUGAGCUUAGCUGCGCCCAGCGUGCAUGUGAGGCCAGCCUGUGUGCCGUAGUGCUGGGCCUUGCUGCUGGCCUCGUCCUCCACUCCCCGCGCGCCCAUGUGGGAGGCCCAGAGGAAACUCCUGGCUUCAGAUUGGCUCAGUUGCCGAAGACAAGACCUCCCUCUGUAACUAUGCUGCUCAAAUAAAUAAAAUUAAUCUUAAAAAAAUUA